AUGCGCUUCCUCAUUCUCCUUCCUUUCCUCUUCAGAGUGCUUGCCGUUCAAGACCCAGAACCACGUGACAACGUCGACACCAUUGUCGUGCCCCAGGACCCCGAGUCUCCCAACAACUUGAUCGAGGGCUCCUUCAAAGGCAGCAGCGGAGGUGGAGGUGGCGGCGGUAGAGGCGGCGGCGGUGGCGGUAGAGGCGGCAGCUCGUCCUCUUCCGGUUCCUCUUCCGGUUCCAAAGGCACGUCGUCGGGAUGGUCUUCCUCCAGCUCCAACUCGAACAAGGGCGGUAAGGACGCGACCCCAAACACGAACACGGGUGGCGGCUCGCCACCCCCCGCCGGCAUCGUUGUCGCCCCAGUCCCAGGUACACACGUCCGUGGUGGCGCAUCCGAACUGGGCGCCAACAUGCUGGGCGCAGCGUGCGUCGCGGCGGCGGUCAUUGCGGCGGUGUAG